UCACUUGUCCUAGCAACUCCGGGCAGAUUUUUUUCCCAACCACUAGCCGGGCUCUUCUGCGUUCUGUAACAGCCCGGGCCGACAGCGGCGUGGCUGUUGGUGGACGCAGGUGGCGAGGCGUUUGGAGCGGCUGGCUCAGCAUGCGGUGCGCGGGCCCAGCCGCGAUGGUGGCCUUUUAUGCCGGGCUUUGGGUCUCUAACCUGGGGCCGGUGCUGAGCCAGGAGGCCGGGGCCGACUGUGAAGUAUGUAAAGAAUUCCUGAACCGAUUCUAUAACUCCCUGAUAGCCAGAGGAGUCAACUUUUCCCUGGACACCAUAGAAAAGGAAUUGGUCAGCUUUUGCUUGGAUGUCAAAGGAAAAGAAAACCGCCUGUGCUAUUAUCUGGGAGCGACGAAAGAUGCAGCCACAAAGAUCCUGAGUGAGGUCGCUCGCCCAAUGAGCGUACAUAUGCCUGCAACAAAGAUUUGUGAGAAGCUUAAGAAGAUGGACAGCCAGAUCUGUGAGCUGAAAUAUGAAAAGCAGUUGGACCUGGCAUCAGUGGACCUAUCAAAGAUGAGAGUAGCGGAGCUGAAACAGAUACUGCGCAGCUGGGGCGAGGAGUGCAGAGCCUGUGCAGAAAAAACCGACUACGUGGAUCUGAUCACAGAACUGGCCCCCAAGUAUGCAGCGGCGCCCCCCAAAUCAGAGCUCUGACCCUCGGCGCCGCCGACGCGCCAGUGAUGGGAGACACAGUGACUCUCCAGGAUACGGACUUGUGGGUUAGGAGUAACGGGGAGCUGCGCUGUAUGUGGUCUCAUACUUUUUGUUUUGCUAAUACAACCAAUCAAGACUUGCUUACAGGGGUUAUAAUUAAAAUGCAAUAUCAGUGGCAUCUUACAUUUGCAGUGUGUGAAAACCUGAAAGUGCCUUUCUCAUCAUGUUUGGGAGGAUUGUAUGUAUGUCAUCGUCCGUUUCCUUAAAAUUGGGAAACGCGAACGACUGAAAAAUGAAGUUGAGUCCAAGAAGGAAAACAGUGCCCAGACGUCCCCGCUCUGUGCACUAAUUUUUAAUUAAAUAUAUUGGUUUAGGGUAAAAGAACAAUGUUUGGUUUACCUAACUCUCACCUUCAACCCUAAGCAAUAACACAGCAUAAUCAAAAGGUUUUAAAGAGUAAACUGUGUAUUUUCAACUGCA